GUCCUGAGCGCGGCUGCCGGAGCACAACGAGGCCCUGAGGAGUGCGGCUGCUCGGCUGAGGAAGCGCCGGGGGCCGCCUCCGCGCCGCCCGGACACCAUGGGCCUGUCCGCGGGGGACGGGCGCGCCCGCAGCCCCAGAGAUGAGGAGUGGCCAGAAGCAGAGAAGGCUGAGAAGCUGGCGAGAGGAGCCGCCCUGAAAUGGGCUUCAGGGGUGUUUUACCGCCCUGAGAAACUGGAGGGGCUUGGGCAGUACCGGAGCCGAGAGACACAGAGGAACAGCUCCAUCCGGUCCCGGCUGAAGUCAACUGUCCAGUCCUACCUGGAGGGGGUAAGUGCGGGGCUGGAGCAGCUGCAGUCGGCGGCCCAGGAGGUGCAGAGCGUGUGCCAGGACCUAGGGGCUGCACGGUGGACCCUGCUCGACAGCGCAGACUGCUUCCAGGGCCUCCAGCAGAUGCGAGUGCUGAUGGCAGAGCAUGUGCAGCUGGCCUCGGUGGUCCAGGUGCUGCCUCAGCUCUUCUCAGUCCACGAGGUUUUUUCCCAUAUCCUGCAGCUGCUCCAUGGGCAGCACCUUCUGGAGGCCCACGCGGAGCUCAUGAUGAUGGAGCACCUCCGGGACAACAUCCUCUCCCAGCUGCACCUCCGCAGGCUCUCCAGUGCCCAGGCAACUGUGCUGUCCUACUUUGGUGGCCUGCAGGAGCUCAACGAGAGCCUGGCCAAGCAGCUGUGGGACAUCGUGGGCAGCAGCCUGCGGCUGGUGCGCGAGGACCCAAUACUCUUUGUCACCGCUGUAAGGAUCAUUGAGCGGGAGGAGAAGAUAGAUGAUACUCUGCUCCUGGAGGCCACCUUCCUGCCCCCUGGCCGCCCAAAGGGCUGGAGGCAGAAGUUUUACCACGUUCUUCAGGACACCAUCACAGGAGCCCACUUUCAUGCCAGCCGCAUGGACGCACAGGGGCCAGGGCUGGCCAGGCACUUGGCAGCGCUGCAGAAGGACAUCGUGUCCGAGCUGCGUGUGGUGAAGGACCUGAUGGUCCAGUGUGUCCCAGCUCACUACAACAUCCUCAGCAUCUGCACGGCCACCUACCACCAGGCCCUCACCAGCCACCUCCAGGACAUCCUCCAAGAGGACCUGGACAAACAGGCGCUCUUCCUUCUCCUCGAGUGGGCACUGCGUGUGUACCACAGCCCGGAGAUGAUGGGUCACCCUGACCUUCUCCCAGAAGUGGACAUUUCUGCUCUGGGCCCCCUCCUGUCCCCUGAGCUCGUGGAUCAGAUGGAGAGGAAAUACGUGGUGAAAGUCAAGGCUAGUGUGCUUGAGUGGAUGCAGAGGACCCUGGAGGUGGAGUUCAAGGAAUGGUUCAGGGAAGAGGAACCUGAGACAGACCAUCAGGGCUUCUUUCAGUCAGCCCUGCCCAUAAUUGUCAUGCAGAUGCUGAAUGAGAAUAUCCAGGUGGCUUCCUUGAUCACCAGUUCUCUGCAGCAGAAGGUCUACAACAUGGCCUUGGAGGAGCUUGAAGCAUUUCUGGGCCGUCUGCGGGAAGCCCUAGUGCAAUGUGGGAAGGAGCACCAGAAGGACCGUACUGUACCCAAGUACUAUGUCUCCUACCUACUGGCCAUGCUCAACAACAACCUGGCUCUCAGCUCCUCUGUCUCCUCCCUGCACCCCAAUGCUGCCCACAGAGAAGUCCCUGCGUCCCUCUGGGCUGCUCUGGACAGGAUGCAGAAGAAAGCCUGCCAGCUGCUGCUGGAGGAGCUGCUCCUGGACCUCCAGCCCCUCUGCCUGCAGCUGCCUUCCCGCAAGUGGCUCUCCGGGUCCCAGCUUGUCAGCAACAUGUGUGAAGUGAUUGACAAGUAUGCAAAGGACUUCUCCCAUGUCAGGAAACCUGUCUUCACGCUCCUGCUGAUGGAGAGCGAGCUCCUGGUGGCGAGCCAGUACCUUCGGGCACUCAUGCAGAAGAAGAUGGUGUGCAAGAGCGAGGAGGAGCGGGGCCAGCUCUGCCACCGCCUGCUGCAGGACGCCACGCAGCUCCGGGAGCUCUUCUGUGGACUGGGUCUGGACCAGAGCCAGCAGAGCCUGGAGGCUGUCUUUGCUCUGCGGGAGCUGAUUUGCCUCAAAGACCCAGCGCUGCUCAGCCUGGAGGUGCUGGGCUUCAUCACCAAGUACCCUGAUGUCAGUGAUGAGCACAUCUCCACCUUGCUGGAUCUCCGGGGUGACGUCUCCAAGGAGGUGCGGCACGUGGUGCUGGAGAUGAUGGCGCAGCACCCCCAGGUCCUGCCCGAGAGUUACCGGCCCAUCUUCAGCACCAUCCUGGUCCCUGUGCCGGAGCUGCCCUUCUGCCUUCGCAAGGGCAAGUGUGCCUGACACUGUGCCCCACAGCCUGCUCCCCGCUCCCCCCCACGGACGUAUGGGCCACACAGGACACCUCCGAGGCUGUGCUUGGGGAGAACAGAGGUAACAUGUGGCAUCCCCUACACACAGCACCUUGCCCUGUGCUGGGGACAGUCUGGAUAGAUGCCAUCCUCCUCUGGUCUUGCCUCACUGAGCUGGCUGUCUCCUGCAAGUGCCAGUCCCAGGGGACCUGGGUCAGGAGAAAGUCAACCCAUUGCUGAAUUGCUCAUUGAGGGCUGCUCAGGUCUGGCCUAUUGCCUGCAGGAGAAAGAGGAGCCACAGAGCAAAGGACAGGAGGCUGCAGCUGGGGUAAGCCCACAUCUCUGUGGGGCCACAGAGGUAUUUGGGUUUCCCUGAGUCUCCAGACGGCCCUCUGGGCCAGCGUGUCCUGGCCAUGGCGUCUGUUACUACCCCAGCGCCAAGGCAGACUGGAGCUGUGCUAGACCCAGGCUUGCAAGGGGGCUUUGGCCACAGGAGGUCUUCCUCUGGUAUGGCUCAGCCCAGGUCUGAUGCCGCUCACCCAGCCUGGGCCCUGCAGGGACAGUGAUGGGCAGCUCAUCAUGGCCCACAGCCACAGAGAAGGGCACAGGGAAGUCUCACCACCCUGGGUAGCGCCGUCAACCCUAUCCCUGCCGGUGUGAAGGAAUGGCUCCAAGUUCCUGCCGACCUGCUCGGCUCCUGGCAUCUGAGGCAGGACCUGGGGUCUGAGACUCUCCAGCCUCUCGGAGAUCAUGGUUGUGUCUCGGGUGUCGAGCAGCCUCCUGCCCCCAGGUUCAAGUCCUGUCUGUGAUGGGCAGCACCGCCCUGGGCACUGGCUCUUCCUCCGUCCUCCACUGCUGUCCAGUCCUUGGUCACCUCCUCCCCAGGUGCCACACGAAGAGCAGGAGCAAAGCCUCUGCCUGCAUCCUUGUGCCCAGCCCCUGCAGCAUCCUGGGAGACCUCCAUGCUCUGCCACGCUUCCUCCCUUGUGGCAGGCCGGGUCCUGCUGUCCUUGCCUGUCCCCACUGCCAGAAAUAAAGGCCUGAGCUCUGCAAUCA